UCAACUCACUAGCUCUCUGGAAGAUUCAAACAACAUACUUGGAACAUAUUUAUAUUUCCUUUCUGUAAGGUCGUGAAGCAGCGGUGUACUGUCUAAACAGUCUCUGUGUGAAAGGGUGUAGCCUGUCUUCUGCAUCACUCAGCAUGGGCCCCAAGAAGAAAACUGUCUGGGAGAACCUGCGUGAGAAGACCAAGACCCAGUUGAACAACAUAAAGAAGAAGACAACCCCGGGGAAGCUGGAGAAGAAAAAGCCCAAGCCCCUGCAUUAUAGACGCAGUAUGUCAGUGCCGGACCUGAGGUUUGUUCAGGAAGCUGAAUUCUCUGCAGUAGAAAGUGCAUUCUCCACAGCCUCGGACGCCAUCUUAUUUGGCAGCUCCUCAGGUUCAAGUGAUAACGCCUCUUUUAUCUCAGUCCCUCUAUUCAUGGACAGGCUGACUGCAACUGAUGUAGGCCCCUCAGGUAGAAAGACUGUGUAUGAUUUGGCUUUCAAAGAUAACAUGUAUGUGUCUGUUUCUAGAAUGAGUGCACCUGUGGAGACACAAACGCUCUAUGAUGAAUCAGAAGAGGAGGACAUGGCAACCUUUAUGGGCAGAAUCCACAUGCCAUCAGACAAAUGGAACACACCUGCAGAGAGAUCAACUUCUUCUGCUUCUUCUACUUCAGCAGAAAGAGUAAAAACACCAGCGGAUAGAGGGAACCCACCCAUACCUACCCCGAGAUCAAAUACUCCAAAUAUACAUGUGUGCACAACAAGAUUGACUUCAUCAGUGGAGGAAAUUAAUGUUUCUACAGAAAGAUUGCUCUUCUCUGAAGACAGAGUGGCUGCUAGGGACCGAGUGAGUACAUCUGCUGAAAGAUUAGCUUCUUCUGUCUCUGACCAAACAAACCUAGUUACAGAGAGUUGGUCUGCUUCCAGGGAGGGAGGGAAACAACCAGCAGAAGUGAAAUGGUCUGUUCCUCCAAAUCCACAGGACAGAUUGAACAUCCCUCCAGAUAGAUGGUCUCUGCCAGUGAACAGGGCGGACAGGAUGGGCACCCCGGACAGGAUGUGCACCCCUGCUGACAGUGUGGACGGUUCUGCGUGUGGAACCCCAUUAGAGAAAGAACCCUACACGUUCUGGCCCACUGACUCUGAGGACCUGGAUAUGCCAGAGCCCCCCGUAUCCACAGACAUCAGAGACAUCUUCUGCAGGGAGCUUCAGGAAGGCAUUGAGUUACCCAACGAGCACAAUGACUUCUAUGCCCAGCCCUUGCAGGAUCAAGCCGGCAACAAUGCUAUGGGAGCAGGAAGCCUACCUGGUCCUAUUCAGAAGUACCUCCUCACUGUCAACCUGAAGGAGGGCAAGAACCUGGUCAUCAGAGACCGCAAUGGUACAAGUGAUCCUUAUGUCAAGUUCAAACUGGAAGGAAAGACGUUUUACAAAAGCAAAGUUGUGUAUAAGAACCUGAAUCCAAAAUGGAGUGAGUCCUUCUCUUUCCCCCUGCAGGAUUGGGAGCAGGUUGUCGACGUGAGGGUCUAUGAUAAGGACCGUACCACUGAUGAAUUCAUGGGUUCCAGCACAAUUGUGAUCAAAAACCUUGAAUUAGACAAGACCAGUGAGAUGGUGCUAAGUCUGGAGGACCCCAGCAGUCUGGAGGAUGACAUGGGCGUCAUCGUCAUUGACACAUGCCUAACUUUCAGAGGUUCUACGAUCAAAAGACCAAAACGGCACCAGAAAAAUAUAAGAAGAUUUAGGGGAGGCCAGAACCAGAAGGGGGACCAGUCCCAGCCCCAGGAUAAGGACCAGACCCAGGGUUCAGCUGAGGCCACCAAUAUGAGCCAGCUGUGGGGUGGCGUGUUUGGUAUCACCCUGUUAGAGGGACAGGACAUGCCUGAAUACGGCCAGGGGGACGUCUAUGUGCGUUACAGACUGGGAGAGCAGAAGUACAAAAGCAAGAACCUGUGCGUUCAGGCCAACCCUCGGUGGAGGGAGAAGUUUGACUUCAACAAGUAUGAGAACUGGCUGGAGCCACUGAAGGUGGAGGUGUUUGUUAAGAGAGGCAGGAAGAGUAAGGAAUCCUGGGGAAUGUUUGAGGUGGACCUGUCCAAUCUGCCGGUAAACACACAGCAGCUCUACACACAAGCCCUGGACCCAGGCAAAGGCAGGCUGAUAUUACUGGCCACCUUCAACCCCUGCAGUGAGGUCUCCAUAUCAGACAUUAACAAACCUCCCCUGGAACAGCCAGAUGAGAGGGACCAAAUACUGGAGAAAUAUAGUUUGAAGAACUCUCACAAAAGUGUGAGGGAGGUUGGCUUCCUUCAAGUCAAGGUUUUCAAUGCAACAGAUCUCACAUCAACUGAUCUCAAUGGGAAAAGUGAUCCAUUCUGUGUACUGGAGCUGGGGAACAGCAGGCUACAGACUCACACCAUCUACAAAACACUCAGCCCUGAGUGGAACAAAGUCUUUACAUUCCCAAUAAAGGACAUCCAUGAUGUGUUGGAGCUGAAGGUCUUUGAUGAAGAUGGAGACAAAGCCCCAGACUUCUUGGGCAGAGUUGCCAUUCCACUACUCUCUGUUCAGAAUGGACAGCAGGUCACCCGAGGGUUGAAGAAUGAGAACUUGAGGGGUCCAGCCAAAGGUACCAUCUCACUGGUGAUGGAGGUCCACUAUAACCCAGUUAGAGCCGGCAUCAAAACCUUCAAACCAAAAGAGGAGAAAUUCAUGGAGGACAAUCAAAAAUUCUCCAAGAAGGUCCUUGCCCAGAAUAUCUACAGAGUUCGAAAAAUCACCAUGGCAGUGCUGCAUACGUUACAGUACAUUAAAAGCUGUUUUCAGUGGGAGAGCACACAGCGGAGUAUAAUAGCCUUCCUGACCUUCAUGGUGAUGGUGUGGACCUGGGAGCUCUUCAUGAUCCCCAUCUUCCUGCUGCUGCUUAUCGGCUGGAACUACUUCCAGGUCACCCCGGGGAGGUUCAGCAACAAUCAGGAUCUGACGAACAUGAACAUGACCGAUGAUGAGGAGGAAGAUGAGAAGGAAUCUGGGAAAAAGGGACUGAUGGAGAAAAUCCAUAUGGUCCAAGAGAUUAUCGUCACUGUCCAAAACAUUUUGGAUGAAAUCGCAUGCAUCGGGGAAAGAGUCAAGAACACAUUCAACUGGUCUGUGCCCUUCCUGUCCUGCCUGGCCUGCUUGGUUCUCUUUGUGGCAACAGCAGCAUUAUACUACAUCCCACUGCGCUACAUUAUCUUCAUAUGGGGCAUUAACAAAUUUACCAAGAAGCUGCGCAAUCCGCAUGCCAUUGACAAUAAUGAAAUACUGGAUUUCAUCAAGAGGGUGCCUUCUGAUGUUCAAAAGGUGCAGUACAGCGAGCUGAGAGCGCCCAGUGUCCAGAGCCCACCACGAAGGAGAAGGUAAACCCCUUGGACGUGCUGGAUGAAAGGACCAGGCUCCUUCUGAGAAUGGCACAGCCCAGUCUGCUACGAUGACAACGCUCCGGUGCCAGCAGAACCUGAGACCCCUUAUCCCCCUGCUCCCCCCUCUCCCGUGCCCCGUGCUGCGGGGGUGCCAUCAGCCGCUCUCCCGCUUGUGUGUCUGCCACCCCCCUGACAGGGGCUGUGCACUGCACCGGGCUAGGAGGGCAGCACAUGGAGCUGUCAAUCACAGAGCCAGAGACGCAGUCCGCCCACUCCAGCCCAGCUUGCAUCCAUUCAUGCAUUUUAUAAAAAGAAUGAGAGGUAGAGUUUGGUUUAACUCAAACCACUGCUGUUUUGCUUUUACGGAUUUGAGUAGUAACACCUUGAUCAGACUUGACAGGCUCAUUGCAUCAAGGCUGUGUAAAAUAUUCUGCAGUCAAACUCUUUUCAUUAUGUAAUCCAAUAUUUGUGCUGGAUGUGUGUGCAACAUAAGUUAAACAUUCCCCUUUUGCUACUAUUUCUGUCAAGUCUAUGCAUACAAUUUGAUGUUUACAUUGGAUUUAUUCAACAUAUGCACCACACGAAACACACUGCAACUGCCUCUGCAACGCAAUGCUGCAUGUCAAACACAGCGUUCCAUUGGAAAUUAAUGUACUUCUGGCGUACAAAAUGCACCUUCGGUCAGAUCAAGGCGUUCAACUGAACUGCUGCAAUGCUUUGACUCAUUUACAUUUUAAUUUCAUAUAAGGGCAAAUGGGUAAAUCCAAUACUGUAACUGUGCUAAAUCCAGUUAUUACUUUGUAGUCACAUUUAUUUAUUAUUCUAUAUAUUUUUUUAUUAACCCCCCUCUUCGGAGGACACAUCUUGUUUGUUUUUUUACAGCGUUUCUGCUACAUAUGAUCAAAUCAAAUCAAACUGUAUUUGUCACAUGCGCCGAAUACAACAAGUGUAGACCUUACUGUGAAAUAAUUACUUACAAGCCCUUAACCAACAGUGCAGUUCAAGAAGAGUUAAGAAAAUAUUUACCAAAUAAGCUAAAGUAAAAAAUAAUAAAAAGUAACACAAUAAAAUAACAAUAACGAGGCUAUAUACAGGGGGUACCGGUACCUGGUCAAUGUGCGGGGGUACAGGUUAGUCAAGGUAAUUUGUACAUAUAGGUAGGGGUGAAGUGACAAUGCAUAGAUAAUAGCAGCCGUGUACAAAACAAAUGGAGUACCAGUCUUUAUUUUUUACUAUUUUCUACAUUGUAGAAUAGUAGUAAAGACAUCAAAAUUAUAAUAUCACACAUAUGGAAUCAUGUAGUAACCAAAACAGUGUUAAAAAAAUCUAAAUAUAUUGUACAUUCUUCAAAGUAGGCAUCCUUUGCCUUGAUGACAGCUUUGCACACUCUUGGCAUUCUCUCAACCAGCUUUACCUGCAAUGCUUUUCAAACAGUCUUGAAGGAGUUCCCACAUAUGCUGAGCACUUGCUGGCUGCUUUUCCUUCACUCUGCGGUCCAACUCAUCCCAAACCAUCUCAUUUUGGUUGAGGUUGGGUGAUUGUGGAGGCAGGGUGAUCUGAGACAGCACUCUAUCACUCUCCUUCCUGGACAAAUAGUCCCUACACAGCCUGGUGGUGUGUUGGGGGAUUGUCCUGUUGAAAAACAAAUGAUAGUCCCACUAAGCCCAAACCAGAUGGGAUGUGCCUUGAAUUCUAAAUAAAUCGGUGUCACAGGCAAAGCACCCCCACCACAUAACACCUCCUCCUCCGUGCUUUACAGUGGGAAACACACAUGCGGAGAUCAUCCGUUCACUCACAUCGUGUCUCACAAUGGCACAGCGUUUGGAACCAAAAAUCUCAAAUUUUGACUCCAGACCAAAGCACACAUUUCCACUGGUCUAAUGUCUAUUGCUCGUGUUUCUUGGCCCAAGCAAGUCUCUUCUUAUUAUUGGUGUCCUUUAGUAGUGGUUUCUUUGCAGCAAUUUGACCAUGAAGGCCUGAUUCACACAGUCUCCUCUGAACAUUUGAUGUUGAGAUGUGUCUGUUACUUGAACUCUGUGAAGCAUUUAUUUGGGCUGCAAUUUCUGAGGCUGGUAACUCUAAUGAACUUAUCCUCUGCAGCAGAGUUAAUUCUGGGUCUUCCAUUCCUGUGGCGGUCCUCAUGAGAGUCAGUUUCAUCAUAGUGCUUGAUGCUUUCUGCAACUGCACUUGAAGAAACUUUAUAAAUUCUUAAAAUUUUCUGUAUUGACUGACCUUCAUGUCUUAAAAUAAUGAUGGACUGUCAUUUCUCUUUACUUAUUUGAGCUGUUCUUGCCAUAAUAUGGACUUGGUAUUUUGCCAAAUAUGGCUAUCUUCUGUAUACCCCCCUACCUUGUCACAACACAACUGAUUGGCUCAAACGCAUUAAGAAGGAAAUAAAUUCCACAAAUUAACUUUAAAGAAGGCACACCUGUUAAUUGAAUUGCUUUCCAGGUGACUAUCUCAUGAAGCUGGUUGAGAGAAUGCCAAGAGUGUGCUAAGCUGUCAUCAAGGCAAAGGGUGGCUAUUUGAAGAAUCUCAAAUAUAAAAUAUAUUUGGAUUUGUGUAACACUGUUUAAUUUACUACAUGUUUCCAUAUGUGUUAUUUCAUAGCUUUGACGUCUUCACUAUUAUUCUACAAUUUAGAAAAUAGUAAAAAUAAAGAAAAACUAAAACCUUUGACCGGUAGUGUAUAUCAUUAUUUUAAUUCAAAUGUCAAUUCACUGUACAAUCAUUUGUAUAAAUGACCAGAAUAAUUUUUAUAAUGAAGAAUACAUUUUCGGAAUCGAGCCAAAGGAAAGUUUGAUACAUGUAACUUUGAGUUUCCAGUCUACUGUGCAACUUCUCAGGUUUCCUGUUUUGGUAUGUUCUUCUUUGUAUAUCCUCAAAUCCAUUUUUUUAUGAAUUGUAAAAUAUAGAAACAAUCCCAUCUCAGACUGGAGUUGUUGCAGACUGAUUUUGUCCCUAACUACACUGUACUGGGGAUGGAUUAGGCCACUUCCAUCCCUGUAUACACAGUAAACACAUCUGAUUGCACAACACACCCAUUGGAGCUCAUGCAUUGGCCACCACUGUGCCUUGGUUACUGAGCUCACAUCAAAGCACUGUACGUCGGUCCAGUGCGGUGGCUAAUGCAGCGCUUUGUUGCCUUCUCACAAUAACAGGGUCCACAUGAGAGAGAGCUCAUCUCUCCCAGAGAGUACUCCCCAUCCUCAGCACUUAGUGCUUCACAUUUCCAUUAAAAUCACCUCCACUGCCUAAUGGUGGCUACACAGACACACACGCACACACACAACUCCAUGAUAGUCUUUCUCUCCAUGAUGGAGUUCUUGGAAGAGUAACAUAUGGUUUCUUUUCCAUCAGACAUAAUCCUCAAUCAGAGGGUAUUUUACGGUUUGCUUCCAGGCAUCUUCAAGUUAUUCACAAUGAUUAGCCUCAAGCACUGAUGUGAUGUUACUUAGAGAUGAUUAUUGGUGUGUUUGGAAGAUUGUUUUAGAUCUUAUAUGUAUUAGAUUUGAGUGUGAUGAUUUUAAAUGAUAUAAUGAUGAAAUAAAUGAU